CCACUCUCGAGAGGAGUCCAACGACGCAGCGGAACAUCACAUCGGCAAAGUCCAGAGCGGUUUCUGGAGGCUGCAAUGGAGCCGUGGGGAAGUCACCCCAUGGCGCACUCCCAGCUGCCUUGCCCUCUCUUCCUCCUCUGCUCCUUCGUGAUGCUGCCCUCGGUGCUGCUGCAGGAGGUGCCAAUGCCUGGGGGUCCUAUUCCUGUACCCGUCACAACUGAGGAGGUCAAAAAAGCUGCCGCCUUGCUGGAACAAUUCAACAAGCGCAGCAAUAAUGCCAACUAUUUCAAGGAGCUGCGUAUUGUGAAGGCACGAUCCCAGGUGGUUGCAGGAUGGAAAUACUAUCUUAUGGUGGAAGUGGGGCAAACGGUGUGUGGAAAGAGCAGUGGGCCACUGUCAUUCAGCGAUAUCCAGAAAUGUGAUCCCUUCUCCGGGAUCAGCAGGAGAAACUAACCUGUAACUUUGACAUCUGGUCCUGUCCUUGGAUGUUAAGCAUGAGCUGUUCCAGAUUACUGGAUGGCUGAGGUGGACCUCGUGUGCCGAGACCAACAUGGGCAAAUGAUCCUAAGUGUGUCCAGCUGCCAAGGAACCCCUUGGGUGCAGCUUGGUUUCUUCCAAACAAGAUCCCAUGUAUAGCCAUUCGCAAAUCGUGAAUGAAAUGGUUUGUUGACAUCCAAAUUCACCUUUUCUGACUUUCUGAAAUUGUUCCAUGACAUACAUGGGGGCCUUUUCUUGCUCCUCAAUUCCAUCCUCACCUUCGAGAAGGCAAAAAUCAAUAUUCUGUUAAUUCCGUUAGUCUUAAUAAAGCUGUCAUC